UCACCUGUCGAUAAAUCAAAAUAGUAAUUCGGUAGCUUCUAUUAUUAGGUACAAUGUCGUGAUCCCGGUGUAACCAGCCUGGCAGCAAGCCAUUGAAACUUUUUUUUCUAUCUCGUCUUAUUUAGCUACAAGGUCAAUUUGUUAGCUAGCAAGCUAUCAAUUCGUCAGAACACAGUUAAUACUAGCUGACCAGCUAUUAGCUAGCUGGUUAGCCGUUUGUUUUUCUCUGCGUUUGCUCUGGCACAUUUUUGACCUUUUGCUUUACUUUUUCAAUAUGUGGUACUAGGCACCUGCUAUGCUGUGGCGCUAGCUAGCCAGGUCUGGUCACUGUCAGAAGCAGUCCUGGUACAACUUUGAUGUCUUUCUUUGGGAGAAGCUAGCAGUGUGACAGGAUGCCUCAUGGGAAUGAGUCCUGCAUGAAGGGACAUGAAACGGCCAGCUAUUUCACCUGCUUAAUUCACCUGUGGGAGGAGUGGGCUGGACUUGGAUGUCUGGAAGAUUACCUCAGCUACCUUGAUUACCUGGUUUGGGUUUUCACCCCCUUGGCCAUUGUGUUCAUUCUACCCUUCUUCAUCCUGUUGUUUCUCUACCUCUCCAUCCUCUUCCUCCAUGUCUACAAGCGUAAGAAUGAACUGAAGGUGGCUUAUUCCAACAACCUCUGGGACUGCGCAAGAAAGACACUAGCUACCCUGUGGGAUGGUCAUGCAACCAUAUGGCAUGGUUAUGAAAUACACGGCUUGGAGAAGAUACCAGACAAAGGCCCGGCACUUAUUGUUUAUUAUCAUGGAGCUAUUCCCAUAGAUUAUUAUUACUUUCUAGCCAAUGUCAUCAUUCAGAAGGGGAGGACGUGCCACUCUGUUGCUGACCACAUACUCUUCAAGAUGCCAGGGUUCAAGCUGUUGCUGGAGGUGUUCAGCGUGAUGCAUGGGCCCCAGGAGGAGUGUGUGAAGGCCUUGAGAAAUGGACAUCUCCUGGGCAUCUCUCCAGGAGGAGUGCGGGAGGCCCUGUUCAGUGACGAGACCUACCCGCUGCUGUGGGGCAAGCGCAAGGGCUUUGCUCAAGUGGCUAUUGAUUCCAAAGUGCCCAUAAUUCCUAUGUUUACACAAAAUGUCCGGGAAGGAUUUCGAUCUCUUGGAACCUUAAGGUUUUUCAGAUGGGUGUAUGAGAGGUUUCGAUUGCCAAUUGCACCGGUGUAUGGCGGUUUUCCUGUGAAGUUUCGCACUUACUUGGGUGAUCCGAUUCCAUAUGAUCCUAAUGUAACUGCAACCGAAUUAGCAGAAAAGGCACAGCAAGCUGUUCAGUCUCUCAUUGAUAGACACCAAAAAAUACCUGGAAAUGUUCUUCGGGCCCUUUUAGAGAGAUUUCACGGAAGAAGCAAAGAAGAAUAAGAUUUUUUUUUUCCCCCUUUUUAUGGUGAAGCCUCACACAGUUUAAAUCUUCUUUUACUAUGUUAAAUGGGCAAAGUGAUAGUAUUAUCAGAAGUAUAGUAUUAUCAAAACAAUAUUUUUGCUGUUGUCCAGAUUCAAGCUGUUGUCCAGUGGUUUUUUUUACUUGUGUUUUCACACAAAAGGUU